AUCCCCUUACACUGUGUAUUAGACAGUAGUUUUGGAAUUGUUAGUUAGAUUACUCUUUGGUUAUUACUGCAUUGUCGGAACUAGAAGCACAAGCAUUUCGCUACACUCGCAUUAACAUCUGCUAACCAUGUGUAUGUGACAAAUAAAAUUGGAUUUGAUUUGAUUUAGCUAGCAGUCAAGUGAAGCACUACAUUUAGUUUCCCUCUUGUAUUGCUGUGUGGUUUAUUGUUUCAGACUGUGGUGCGGCUCACAGCUCACAGAGUGGAGGUUAUCAGGUGAUCAGGUCUUAUGGUGGUGCGGCUCACAGCUCACAGAGUGGAGGUUAUCAGGUGAUCAGGUCCUAUGGUGGUGCGGCUCACAGCUCACAGAGUGGAGGUUAUCAGGUGAUCAGGUCCUAUGGUGGAGCAGCUCACAGCUCACAGAGUGAAGGUUAUCAGGUGAUCAGGUCCUAUGGUGGAGCGGCUCACAGAGUGGAGGUUAUCAGGUGAUCAGGUCCUAUGGUGGAGCAGCUCACAGCUCACAGAGUGGAGGUUAUCAGGUCCUAUGGUGGAGCAGCUCACAGCUCACAGAGUGGAGGUUAUCAGGUGAUCAGGUCUUAUGGUGGAGCAGCUCACAGCUCACAGAGUGGAGGUUAUCAGGUCCUAUGGUGGAGCAGCUCACAGCUCACAGAGUGGAGGUUAUCAGGUGAUCAGGUCCUAUGGUGGAGCAGCUCGCGGCUCACAGCUCACAGAGUGGAGGUUAUCAGGUGAUCAGGUCUUAUGGUGGAGCAGCUCACAGCUCACAGAGUGGAGGUUAUCAGGUCCUAUGGUGGUGCGGCUCACAGCUCACAGAGUGGAGGUUAUCAGGUGAUCAGGUCUUAUGGUGGAGCAGCUCACAGCUCACAGAGUGGAGGUUAUCAGGUGAUCAGGUCCUAUGGUGGAGCAGCUCACAGCUCACAGAGUGGAGGUUAUCAGGUGAUCAGGUCCUAUGGUGGAGCGGCUCACAGAGUGGAGGUUAUCAGGUGAUCAGGUCCUAUGGUGGAGCAGCUCACAGCUCACAGAGUGGAGGUUAUCAGAUCCUAUGGUGGAGCAGCUCACAGCUCACAGAGUGGAGGUUAUCAGGUCUUAUGGUGGAGCAGCUCACAGCUCACAGAGUGGAGGUUAUCAGGUCUUAUGGUGGAGCAGCUCACAGCUCACAGAGUGGAGGUUAUCAGAUCCUAUGGUGGAGCAGCUCACAGCUCACAGAGUGGAGGUUAUCAGGUGAUCAGGUCCUAUGGUGGAGCAGCUCACAGCUCACAGAGUGGAGGUUAUCAGGUCUUAUGGUGGAGCAGCUCACAGCUCACAGAGUGGAGGUUAUCAGGUCUUAUGGUGGAGCAGCUCACAGCUCACAGAGUGGAGGUUAUCAGGUCCUAUGGUGGAGCAGCUCACAGCUCACAGAGUGGAGGUUAUCAGGUGAUCAGGUCCUAUGGUGGAGCGGCUCACAGAGUGGAGGUUAUCAGGUGAUCAGGUCCUAUGGUGGAGCAGCUCACAGCUCACAGAGUGGAGGUUAUCAGGUCUUAUGGUGGAGCAGCUCACAGCUCACAGAGUGGAGGUUAUCAGAUCCUAUGGUGGAGCAGCUCACAGCUCACAGAGUGGAGGUUAUCAGGUGAUCAGGUCCUAUGGUGGAGCGGCUCACAGAGUGGAGGUUAUCAGGUGAUCAGGUCCUAUGGUGGAGCAGCUCACAGCUCACAGAGUGGAGGUUAUCAGGUGAUCAGGUCCUAUGGUGGAGCAGCUCACAGCUCACAGAGUGGAGGUUAUCAGGUCUUAUGGUGGAGCAGCUCACAGCUCACAGAGUGGAGGUUAUCAGGUCUUAUGGUGGAGCAGCUCACAGCUCACAGAGUGGAGGUUAUCAGGUCCUAUGGUGGAGCAGCUCACAGCUCACAGAGUGGUCCUAUUACACACCAGAUGAACAUCCCUGUCUUGUCUGUCCUUCACAGAUCAAAUCGGAUGCAUGCAGGAAUCCCUGUCUUGCCUGUCUCUCACAGAUCAAAACGGAUGCAUGCAGGAAUCCCUGUCUUGCCUGUCUUUCACAGAUCAAAUCGGAUGCAUGCAGGAAUCCCUGUCUUGCCUGUCUUUCACAGAUCAAAACGGAUGCAUGCAGGAAUCCCUGUCUUGCCUGUCUUUCACAGAUCAAAACGGAUGCAUGCAGGAAUCCCUGUCUUGCCUGUCUUUCACAGAUCAAAACGGAUGCAUGCAGGAAUCCCUGUCUUGCCUGUCUUUCACAGAGCAAAUCGGAUGCAUGCAGGAAUCCCUGUCUUGCCUGUCUUUCACAGAGCAAAUCGGAUGCGUGCAGGAAUCCCCGUCUUGCCUGUCUUUCACAGAUCAAAACGGAUGCGUGCAGGAAUCCCUGUCUUGCCUGUCUUUCACAGAUCAAAACGGACGGAUGCGUGCAGGAAUCCCUAACGUUAAAUGUAUAGAUGAUGCAACAAGAUGGGGACGAUAUCAUACUGCCCCUGGCCUGCUCAUAUCUGUAGUCUGCUGCAUAGCUUUAGAGUAUAGAUCUAUAUUAUACAGGUAAAAUUAGGUCAUACAACAUUCAGGGCAUCACACCCAUUAUCUGUGCACAGUGGCUCCUCCACAAUAUCUGUCUCUCUGUUCAGCACUGUGGAGGGUUAAACGUAACGCGUGGGGAGUCUGUGUCUGAGCAAGAGCUAGCUGUCCGUCUCCUCUAAACCAAAGCACCCUAAACAGCAGUCAGCCAGUCAGUCAGUCCCUCGGUCUGCAUUCCAGCUCAGUGCCAAGGUAUUUACUGUGGACAAGAGAGAGAGAGAGAGAGAGAGAGAGAGAGAGAGAGAGAGAGAGAGAGAGGCACGGUGAGGGACCGCUUUUAAUUAGGACAAGUUUGAGACAGAGGCCGAGCAGGCUGGAGUUUAGGGCCAAUUCUAACAGGCAGACUGACGGAAAGACAGAGGGAGAAAGGCAGGCACGCAUAAUGACAGACAGAUGGGUGGGUGGAUACACACCCAGACGUACGGACAAACAGACAUUCAGCCAUCCAGCCAGCCAGCCAUCCAGCCAGACAGCCAGCCAUCCAGACAGCCAUCCAAUCUACCACCCACCCAGCCAUCCAGCCA